AUUUAUCAGGUGAUCUUAUCCAGAAAGGAGCAUAACCCCAUCGAAUAAGGAUUAUAAUGCGUAAUAAAUUCCCGACAGAAUGAUGAAACCCUUUUGAAGGGUAUGAAAACAAACCGCGAACAGGGUUGUCAAGCCACCGAAGUAUCGCCUGGCAAGGAACACAGUCUGCGUUUUCGGUUGUCAACAAGCAGAUGGUAAACAGCCGAAUUAGCGCCUUCCCAGAUUGCUUAUCAACAAAACCAACAACUGACGCUGUUCUUGGGGGGCAGAGGCUGAAGGGGCCAAUGUCGCCAGUGGGCAAACACAAGACAUAUCAUCGAAUCACCACAUAAAUCACGAAUCAAAACAGAGAUUCGCGGCAGCAACGCGAGGGAAAACUUGAGAUUGGUUUGGACUUCCUCUGCGGAAUCGGGUGUUCUUCUUUGCCGGCGUUCGCUCUGUCGGUUACAUAAUCAUGCGCUGGCUGAGGCGCAGCUGGGUGGGACUGCUCCACCAUCAGAGGCAGCGGCACCAUCGUCUUCUGGUCACCACCACUGGAGCAGGGAGCAAUGGCGAUCGGGAGGAGCAACACAAGUGGAGCUCCCCGGGCAGCAGAGCGGAGCAGUGGCUCUAUGCCGCCUUUUGGGCAGGUGGCCUGACCCUCGGCUACCACUGGUUGACCCACAGGAACCGCCAAGUGCUGCUCGAGGAGCAGAAGAGCCCAGCCGCCAGCGAAGAGGAGCAGGAGGCACUGGCUCGCAGUUGGCACGUGACCCUGCGAAAGGAGCUGCCCACCUACAAAGCGGACCAGGUGGAGCAGCACAACAGUCCCGAGAACCGGAUAUGGGUCACCUACGGUCUGGGUGUCUACGAUGUGACCGACUUUGCCGAGAAUCACCCGGGCGGCGAUAAGAUCCUCAUGGCCGCCGGCAGUGCCAUCGAUCCAUUUUGGGCCAUCUACCAGCAGCACAAUACCACGGAGGUGCUGGAGCUCCUCGAGGGAUUUCGCAUUGGCAAUCUGGAGGGCGAACUGGUGGCCAGUGUGGACGAUGAACUGGGCUCGCCCUGGUCCCAGGAACCCCAACGCCACGCCCUGCUCAAGCCCGCCUCCAAGAGGCCCUUCAAUGCGGAGCCACCAAUCGGAAUGCUGGCCGAGAAGUUCUACACGCCGAACGAACUCUUCUACGUGCGCAACCAUCUGCCAGUGCCGGUGAUCGAUCCCGAGGACUACGAGCUGGAGAUCGAGGGCGGCGGCAAGGAGCGGUCCCUCAGUCUGGCGGGGAUCAAGGCCCUUCCGAAGCACUCCGUUACAGCGGCCAUCAUGUGCGGUGGCAACCGCCGGUCGGAGAUGACAAAAGUGAAAGCCGUAAAGGGUCUUUCCUGGGGUGCUGGCGCCGUGGGCAAUGCCAAGUGGUCGGGUGCUCGCCUGUGCGAUCUUCUCCGAGAACAGGGCGUCCAACCGGACGAGUCGAAACAUGUGAUUUUCGAAGGCGCCGAUCUGGAUCCCACAUCCCAUCCCUAUGGAGCGUCUAUACCCCUGUCCAAGGCUCUGGAUCCCCGUGGCGAUGUCAUCCUCGCCUACGAGAUGAACGACGAGCCGCUGAGCAGGGACCAUGGCUAUCCCAUCCGGGUGAUUGUGCCCGGCACAGUGGGCGCCCGCAAUGUCAAGUGGCUGACGAGGAUCGUAGUGGCGGAGCGGGAGUCCGAUUCGCAUUGGCAGCAGAACGACUACAAGGGCUUCAGUCCCAGCACCGACUGGGACACCGUGGACUUCAGCAAGUCGGACGCGAUCCAGUCCAUGCCGGUGACCUCCGCCAUUUGCACACCGCAGCCGGGAUCGCGAGUAAAAGUGGACGACGAGGAGGGACACAUUGUUGUGAGGGGCUAUGCGUGGAGUGGCGGCGGCAGGAAGAUAGUGCGGGUGGACCUGACCAAUGACGAGGGUGUCAGCUGGCACGUGGCCGAAUUGGAGCAGGAGGACAACCCAGAUGGACGCCACUACGGCUGGUCCCUCUGGACCGCUCGACUUCCCGUUUCCGAGGCGCAAAGGCAAGCCGGCGACGUGGAAAUCUGGGCCAAGGCCGUCGACUCCGCGUACAACGUUCAGCCGGAGAAGUUCGAGCACAUCUGGAACCUGCGUGGCGUCUUGGCCAAUGCCUAUCACAAGGUCAAGGUGAAGAUUGUCUGAAGAGAAGCGAAUUUCUUGCAGGAACUCAAGAAACGGGAAGGAUCCAAUAGGUUUAUGGAGCAUCGAAAUUGAGAUUGUCUAAAUGCGAAUGAAUAAAUAAUAUAUAUAAAAAACAAA